AGUUGUGUUAAACAAACAUAUCCGAAAUGUUGUUGAUACUUUUUAUGGGUUUAAUAUCUUUUUUUACACUUUAUUACUUUUAUCAAACAAAUAAGUACAAGAUAAUUGAUGAUUAUCCUGGACCAACUCCAUUAGAAUUAUUAAAAUUUGUAUUAUUACCGAAAUCGACUGUUGAUUCUUAUAAAUUCUUCGUUUCUUUAAACAACAAAUAUGGACCAGUUGUUAAAAUAUGGAUCAAACCUUUUAAACCAACUCUCCUCGUUUCCGAUGAAAAAUUUAUUAAACAUAUUUUAUUAUCGAAAGAACAUGUUAAUAAAGCGAGUUUAUUUGAAUUACUGGAAGCAUUUAUAGGAAACGGAUUACCCAUUAUGAGCGAUAUGAAUUUAUGGAGACAAGAACGAAAAACGAUUUCACACGUAUUUAAUAAUCAAUUCAACAUCGAUUAUAUAUCAACAAUUAAAACACACGCCAUUAAACUGCGCGAUGCGAUUAAUGAAAAUUUAAAUCAACCCGUUGAUUUGCAAAUGUUGUUAUUAAGACAUGGAUUAAACAUUGUUUAUGGUAAAAAAUACAAUAAGUAUUUAUGCAUCAAAAAAAUUUGUUUUCUAGAAAUAUUACUUAAUGAAGAUAUUAGUAACCAAGAUGAUCGUGUAAAUCGUUAUAGCACAGCUUUGAAAACAUUUUUCGAAGUUUAUUUUGAUAGAAUCAAUUCCCCAUUGAAAAUGAACGAUAACAUAUUUAAAUUAACCAAUAAUUAUAAAAUUUGGAACAAAUGUUCUGAGGAAGCUACGGAAUUUAUUGAAAGUACUUUAAAAACAGUUGUCGAAUUAAAAAAGAAAUCGCCGAAUGAAAGUUUUCGAAAAGAUUUUAUUGAUUUACUUUUAGAAUCUGGUUUGAGUUAUGAUAGAAUUUUAGCGCAUCUUCGAACAUUUGUUGUUGCUGGUUCCGAUACAGUUUCAGCUGCAACUGGUUUUGCUCUUUAUGAACUUGCUAAACAACCUGAAUUACAAGAAAAAAUUUUUCAGGAAUACAUUUCGAUUGUAGGAUUCGACGAAAAGGUUUUCGCAGAAUUUAGAGAUAUUCAACAAAUGAGUUUUGCUGAUUGCGUUAUGAAAGAAAGUUUAAGACUUUAUCCUCCAGUUCCAUUUAUAUUUAGAACUUUAAUUAAACCGGCAGAAAUCGAUGAUAAAGUUCUUCCGGGUGACAUCGAUGUAACCUUUUCAAUAAUCGGGUCUCAUUAUUUAAAUUUUGAAGACCCCACAAAGUUUAAACCCGAAAGAUUUCUUCCAGAAAAUUCCACCAAAAUCCCAGCAAAUGCUUAUUUACCAUUUUCGUUGGGACCAAGAGAUUGCAUAGGUAUUCANAACUCGAAUUGCGACUUGGAAUAUAAGGACUCUGCGCAGCCUGGGUGCACUACGGAACCUA